UAAAUAAACCUCUGGAGUACAGACCUGCAGCAGUGCUAUCAGAUAUUUGCAUGGUCACCUGACCCAUCUUCCUGGCUGUAUUACCAUUCAUAUAUUAUGUGCAGUCACAGCUCAGGUGAGCACAGAUCCAGGAAGAAAGUCCAGGGACAAGAUGCUGACCCCCACAGAUGUAACCCAUGUUCUCAUCAUUAUCAUUCUGUUGGUUCCAGGGACUGCUCUUAAUUCCUUCAUCAUCUCCAUCUACUUCACCCACUGGAGGAAGAAACAACAAUUCACUGCGUGUGAGCAGAUCUUCCUCUCCACGGCUCUCACCAACCUGCUCCUCCAGUGGUUCUCUUUAGUCAUUGAGCUGGUGUAUUUUGUGUUUAUCAAGCUGAAGAACUUCGGGACCAUAUACUUGUACAUAUCCAUCUUCUUGUUCUGUAUGAGCUACUUCUUCUUCUGGAACACAGCUUGGCUCUCCGCCCAAUACUGUCUGAAGCUCGGCAAUCACUCCAGUGGCUUCUUGACUUGGUUGAAGGUGAAGUUCUCCUCUUCCAUGACACAAGUCAUCGUGGCUUCAUUACUUUGGGUUUUGGUUACUAGUUUGCCAAUGUAUUGGGCAGUCUCAUUUGUUAAAGAUAAUGUGACUGUCUCCAGUGGAGUAGUAAUGAACCCCAAUAGUCUGGCACUCAAUGUCGUCCUUGGCUGUGUGCUCCCAUUUAUCCAGACUCUCAUCUGCAUUGGGCUCAGCAUCAUUUACCUCUUAAGACAUGUCAGGAGGAUCAGACAGAAUGAAGCCCAGUACAGCUCCUCUCCUCAGGUCAGUGGUCACCUCCGAGCGGUCAGGACCAUGACUGUCCAUCUGCUCCUGAAUGCGGCUCUGCAGGCUGGCAUCACUGGCCGGAUUCUCUCGGCAUUCAACCCCAAAUCCUUCACUUCUGUUUCAAGGGAAACCUGUGGGUUUCUGAUCCAGCUAUAUCCCUCAGCCGAGGCACUGACUAUAAUCAUGGCAAACCGCACCCUAAAGAAAAAAUUACUGAAGACACUAGAGUUCCUCUAUCGUAAGACGUGA